AUGGAAACAUUAAUGCAGAAGUAUAACAUUAUUCAUAAGGUGGCCACUGCUCACCACCCACAGACAAAUAGACAAGUUGAGGUAUCUAACCAGGAAAUUAAGAGGAUUCUAGAGAACAUGGUAAAGCUCCAUAGGAAAGAUUGGAGCACUCGAUUAGGGGAUGCCUUGUGGGCCUACCGGACCGUCUAUAAGACUCCAAUAGAAAGAAAGCUACAGUUGGAGGAGUUAGAGUGUUUAAGGUUGGGGGGUUAUGAUAAUGCCCACAUAUACAAAGAAAGAACUAAAGCGGUGCAUGAUCGGCAUAUCAAGCGGAAGAAAUUCCAAGUGGGUGAUUUGGUACUACUAUACAACUCAAGGUUGAGGUUGCUACCCGGGAAGCUCAGAUCAAGAUGGAAUGGUCCGUAUAUUGUUGAUAAAGUUGUGUCCUAUGGAGUUGUUCACUUACAUCAUCCUACUAGUGCUACCAUCUUCAAGGUGAAUGGUCAUAGGCUCAAGUUAUACCAUCAUACCAAUCCCAAGAGUGACAAGGAGGUGUAG